UCGCCUCGCGUGCCAACCCUGGUUGUUUUCAUUCGCGCUCCACGUUGUUUUGCCUUUCCAUUUCUUUUUCAUUGUUUUUUAAAUAAUUUAAUAACUUAAAAUGGGUCGCAAAUUUCAGAAUAAGAAAAAGAAGGCGGCUCCUCAGCUGGAGAUCGUACCUAUGGAUGAAAACCCACCGCUGCCGCCGCAGCGCUCUUCAGAUGAAGUGGUGCCGAAAAAGGAGAAGUGGGUAAACAAGCAGCGCGUGCUGGUCUUCUCCGCCCGUGGUAUAAGCCACCGGGAUCGGCAUCUAAUGAAGGAUAUCAAAACACUGAUGCCCCACCACCGUCCUGAAUCAAAAAUGGAGCGCUCCAAAACUCUUUCGGUAGUCAAUGAAAUGUGUGAGAUGAAGCACUGCAACAAGGCGAUGCUCUUUGAAGGUCGAAGGAAGCGGGAUCUGUACAUGUGGAUAUCUAAUACUACGGGAGCUACUGGUCCUUCAGCCAAAUUCUUAAUUGAAAACAUUCACACAAUGGCCGAACUAAAGAUGACUGGCAACUGCUUGCGAGGAUCACGCCCUCUGCUCUCCUUUGACUCCAAGUUUGACGAGCUGCCGCACCUGAAGCUGCUUAAGGAACUUUUCGUCCAGACCUACUCGGUUCCCAAUCACCAUCCCAAGAGCCAGCCCUUUGUGGACCAUGUGUACACCUUCACGUUCCUUGACAACCGCAUCUGGUUCAGGAACUUCCAGAUUCUCUCCGAGGAUGGUGGUCUGUCCGAGGUGGGACCCCGUUAUGUGAUGAACCCAGUGAAAAUUUUUGAUGGUUCUUUCACUGGCAAAACUAUCUGGGAGAAUCCCGACUAUGUAAGCCCGGCAAAACAAAGGCAGAUGCUCAGGAAGGCCGCGAAGGACAAGUACGUUAACCGAGUGGAACAGAAGGUUAAGCAUGAGGCGACUCGACCUGUCAGAGCGUACGAUGGCGUUGACAAUGAGGAAAUCUUUGAGGAUGACGACCCCAUUGAGACGGCUAAGAUUCUAGCUGCGAUAGCUAAGAAAAAGAAGGAUGAAGCUGCCAAGCAAACGCCCAAGUCUGCGCUGACCAAGAAGAUCAAGGAAAAGCAGAUGAAGGCAAUUAAGGAAGUGAUCGAAAGAAAGAAGGCAAAAACAAUUAAACGCGUGAAAAAGGUUUAAACACCUCGAUUUUACAUUUAGAUACAAAAACGAUUAAACUUUAUAAAUACGUUUACAAACUGUGCAUCCUAAGUUUGAAUAUAUAUCAAUAGACAAGA